AUGUCCCAAGCGCUGUUGCUGAAUCGCGUGCUGCCCAGGCGCGGCGGGAGCGGACGACUGAAGCGCGUGGAGUCGGCGCCGUCGCUCCUCACGCCGGUUUGGGAGCCGGAGCACGGGGAGGAGGCGGAGGAGCCUCCGCCGGCGAUGCCGUCUCGCGGCUCGCUGCCGACGUACAGCGCUAGCUCGCUCGACCUGCCGAUGCUGCACAGGGAGUGCAAGAGCGACGAGGGAGCUCUCCAACCCAGGCAGCGCCGAAGCACCCUAUGGCAGUCUGCAGCGCGGGGUGAGAGCGACACGCGGCUUUGCGCCCUCGGUAUGCUCGAGCUCGUGGCUGCAGCCAGCGAGCGGCUGCAGAGCGACCCGCUCCCCCUCGAGGUCUUUGCGCAUCCGACUUUCGUGUGCGUCGUCAUGCGGUGGGGGAUGCACGAGGUCGAUGGAUCCCACCAGCUCGCCGCGGUCAUCGCCGAGGCGGUGCGGCUGCUGCGCGAGCUCCUGCCGUCCGGCGGGCAGUCUCGCUACCUCCGCCUCUCCUCCAGCGUGCUGCAGCGUCUCCUCCUGCGGAUGGCGUGCCUCGACUCUCACUUGGGCGAUAGCCUCUGGCUGCCAUAG